AUGGAGAGAUGUGAAAAUAGUAUAGGAGAACAGGAGAAGAGAGUGGUUAAGUUUAUACGUGGCCGAACAAGAGUGGUGCACAAUGUAUCUAGUGAUUUGAGAGUCACUUUGAGGUGUGGACCGUGUGGUGCUAUUAGACUAUCAAUCUUUAGGCUCAAUCUCAUCAGUCACAUAAAUUUUUGGGAGCUAACCCCAUCUUCCUCUAGUAGUUGGAUUUGGAAAAAACUGUGUAAACUCCGCCUUAUUGGCAGACAUUUUCUUGUUUGUGAUGUUGGUUCUGGCGAAACAGCUAGCUUUUGGCAUGAUAAUUGGACGAGACUUGGUCCUCUUAUCCAUGUGACUGGUAAUAAUGGUCCCCUCACGGUUGGUAUGCCCUUGACUGAUGUGGUUCGUGAUGCUUUAAGGGGAAGAAGCUGGUGGAUUGCCUCUAGUAGAAGUAGAAACCCGAUCAUUGCUUUGCUAAGAAGUUCCGUGCUGGAUCCGGAGAGUAUGAUUGAUUGUAUGCAUGAUGAUGUUUAUUUGUGGAAGGCUGAUCAUCAUGCUCCUUCAAACAUGUUCUCUGCGGCAAAAACUUGGCCUGCUCUUCAUCCAAAUGGUGUUCCUUUCCCUUGGCAUAAGUCUGUUUGGUUCAAGGAUCGGGUACCAAAGCACGCUUUCAUUUGUUGGGUUGUGGCUUGGAAUAGAUUGCACACAAGGGACAGACUCCGGAGUUGGGGACUCAACACUCCUUCGGUAUGUGUUUUGUGCUAUGUUGUGGAUGAGACUCAUAAUCAUUUGUUCUUUCAAUGUCAUUUCAGUGGAGAGGUUUGGCGUUUCUGCACCCUUAGGGCUGGAUUGACUCCUCCUUCGCAGUUUAUGGCUUCUCUACUCUGGUUGAAGUCAGCUUCAACGUUUAAAAAUCUCUCGCUUAUCAUUAAACUCCUCUUCCAAGCUUCCGUUUAUCUUAUUUGGAGAGGACGAAACCUUAGGAUCCACUCUAACAACUUUCGUAACCCUCCUCAAAUCAUAAAGGAGAUUCAAUUGCUUGUUAGAGCUCGGCUGGAUCCUCUUUCUAGGUUACAAUCUUCUGGACCUCUGUGAUCUUCUCUCCUCGUCACUUGGUUCGCGCUGUUUCAGGUCUAAGUACUCUCUCUUCAGCUUCGGGGGUUCUCUGUUUUUUUGCUUCCUCUGUAGUCUCUUUUUUCCUUCUCAGGCAUGUGUGCUUUUGUUGGCCUUCUUGGCCUUGUUUCUUUUUGUCUUUUCGGGCCUGCUCAUGUUGGGCUUCUCAGCCUUGUUUCUUUCUUUCGGGCCUGCGUGCUCCUGUUGGGCUCUUGGCCAUGUAUGUUUUUUAAUGUUUUAAUGGAAAGUAAAAA